UCUCCACCCACUCCCCAGAGCCCCGCCCCGCGGCUUGGCGCCAGGCCCCGCCCCUUCCUCUCUGAGGGGCGGCGGGAGGCGGGAUGGCGGUGAAUCAGAGCCACACCGAGGACCGCCGCGGGCCCGUCAUCCCUUACGGCGAAAGUCUCUUGGAGCAGUGUCCAGGUGUGCACCUCUCCUUCCCACAGCAACCGCAGGGCUCCAGCCUCUUCAGCGGCACAAAGAGCGGGACGCUGUUUCUCACUUCCUACCGGGUGAUUUUUCUGACUUCACACUCAGUCAGUGAUCCCAUGUUAUCUUUCAUGAUGCCAUUUGAUCUGAUGAAGAGCUGCACCAUUGAACAACCAGUCUUUGGUGCAAACUACAUUAAAGGAACCAUUCAUGCAGCUCCCGAUGGUGGCUGGGAGGGACAGGCGACGUUUAAAUUAGUCUUCAGAGCCGGAGGUGCCAUCCACUUUGCCCAGCUGAUGAUGGAAGCGGCCUCUGCUGCUGCCCGAGGAGCUCCACUUGGGACUGUAAGUUACCGGAUCGGCCCUUCAGGGAUUUAUGUCAUUGCUAGAGAGGGGAACAUGUGCACUCCACAGGCACCUUGUCAAGUGAUUGUCUAUGGAGCACCCUCUUCUGCCUACGGAGCCCCGCCUCCUGUAUAUGCAGCCCCGCCUCUUGGAUAUGGACCCCCUCCCACCGGCUACGGAGCCCCGCCUCCUGGCUAUGGAGCCCCUCCCAUUGGCUAUGGAGCCCCGCCUCCCAUUUAUGGAGCCCCUCCCAUUGGCUAUGGAGCCCCACCUCCCAUUUAUGGAGCCCCGCCUCCUGGAUAUGGAGCCCCGCCUCCCAGCUAUGAAGUCCAGCCAGUGGGAUUGGGAGCCCCAUCCUCCAGAUAUCAAGCCGCUCCUGCAGGAAACGAAGCCCAGCCGUCGGGAGGUGAAGCCUCGCCCGGGCCUGGGGUGCCCGGAGUCGUGCCAGCAGAAUCCGGAGCCGGGGCUCCCGGGUCUGUGGCAGCACAGCGACCAGGCUAGGAGACUGCUCUUCCCUCUCCCUCGUCUCGGGCCUGUCCCCAGGCGUCUAAGAUGCAAACACUGAAGAUUCACCAAGCAAGGUAGCACCGCUCAGUUGAGGUCAGGAUGAGGAUCGGGUAUCAGCACAGGCCCAUGCGGGGUCGUUGUCCCAGCGCCUGGGAAGGUGCAGCCUUCCUCCGAGCCUAGGUUUUAGAAGCGGUCGCCUCUAAGUAACUGGGCAGAAGGCAGAGUAGCGCUGUGCGGGUGACUCCCAGUACUGUGGUGGCUUUGGCCCCACUGCAAGCACAGUUGGCUCGUAAGUCUGGAAAAACGUCCUGCUUUUCUCCCCUUUCCCAUUCAAGAGACGCGUGUUAUGUUCCGCUUGCUAGGCGCUGAGAUGCGUGCUAAAUGAUCACGUUGGACAUUAACUUGUUUUUCACUAUAUAUUAGUGAAAGGAUGGACAUAUCUGG